AAUAAACCUUCUCAAUUGUUACUUUACCUUACUGGUGCGAGUGGAACCACACCUACUGGUAAUGCAGCAGUAAAUAUAUCUGGAAAUACUAUCCAUUCUGCGUGCGGUUUCAGUUUUGAUGAAAAUGGAAACACUCACGAAACUUCUAUGAUUGGGCAAAAUCUUCUUACACGAUUUCAUACUUUUACGAAAAAAAUAAAAACGAGUGAUGAUUCUGCUCCAUUUGCUAGAAUUAGCAUUUUAUUUGCUGGUGAUUUCAUGCAAUUACCACCAGUUUUAGAUAAAGCAUUAUAUAUACCUGAUACAAUUACGUGUUUUUCUUCUCUUGUUGAAAAUGAACCUUCGAAAAGCAUAAACCUCUGGUUAAAUGUUAAUCAUGCAGUUCAGCUAAAAACUCAGAUGCGUCAAAUAGAUGACCCCUUUUAUAUGAACAUACUCAAAAAUAUGCGUCAUGGUAAUCUUACAGAAAUUCAACUAGAGGCCUUACGAUCAAGAAUUCUUAGCAAUAAUUUGAUUGACUCUAGAGAAUGGAGAAAUGCCACUUUUCUAGUGACAAAAAACGACCUUCGCGUUUGGCUUAAUCUUGAAGCUGUUAAAGAACAUGCCUAUGAUAAUAAUCUGUCCGUCAUUUAUUCUUGUGCGCAGGACUCUUAUAAUCGAAAAAUUCUUGCCAGGAAUAAUCGAAUUCUUCGACAAAUCGUGUAUGACCAAAAUUCAAUUAACACAUCAUCUUCGCAUGGAAACAAUAUAGUGCUAAAAGAUCCUCCUAAGUAUGUUAUUGUUGAAAUAACCGGCAAAAAACCUGGUUCUUAUGAAACACUUCCAUCUAAUCACAUACCUAUCUAUCCUAUCAAGCGGGCCUGCGUAUACUCAAUUUGGACACGUGAUAGAUCUAAGAUUCACAGAAAUUUUCAGUGUUUUCAACUUCCUUUAACACCUGCAUAUGCGUUUACUGAUUUUAAAUCCCAAGGACGUACUUUUCAAAAAACAAUCAUCGACCUAUCAGGAAAAUAUGCGAAUAAUAGCGUAUACGUAAUGCUUUCCAGAGCACAGAGGUUAAAUGACUUAUUAAUUUUACAACUAUUCAAUGAAUCGAUUUUAAAUAUGCAACGAUCUUUUUCACUCUGUGCUGAACUCAUGCAUAUUGAAGAAUGCAUACAAAGAACAGCUCAACUAAAAACUUGGCCAGAUAUUUGA